GAUAUCGGAAUCAACAUUGCCGGCACGACAACAGCUUCAUUUAGCUGGUGAUAUUCAAUAAAUAUGGUAUAGCUUUGUCUAUAUUUUCUAAAAAAUGAUGUUUCUUAUGCUAUUUUCCAACAUUUAAGUUGAUUACCAACUACCACCAACCAGAUGUACCGAGUGAUGCUUGGGAUCUUGAUGGAGUUUUCAUGGAGCAACAAUAGGCUUCUGGAUGCUUUUAACAUUGCAAAAGUCACUCAUUCUCCAAAAUAUCCCAUAUAGGUAUUCUUUGGCUUGUUUAGUCAGCCCCCCUGCUGCAAUCAAGGGCGAUGGGUUGAACAGGCAGCAGUGUAGCUCAAGCUCGACAUGGAGACAAUACCUAUCCCCAUGAACAGCAGCUAUUGAACUCUGGUGAUCAUCACACCACUGAUGUUCUCAUAUUAGCUGGAGUGUGAUCAUCCUUGGCCUCGAUAAACUCUUCGGCAUCAUGUCAGCGACUAUCCUCUCUAGAAUCGUUGGACUCGAUGAGUUAAUCCCUCGGCCCGUGGAUAUUGAGCGUGAAGACAAGGAUGUGGAGGCAUCAAUUCCUUGGAUAUUCCAGCAUGCAAGUACUGCAGGCGAAGAUUCUGUUUCCAAUUGGCCUGGCGAUAUGCCCAAAUUUAGCAAUCUUUUCGACGACCUCCCAUCCUACUGCGCCGAAUUUGGGUAUUGGAAAGCGAAUGAAGGGCAUGAGUCCACUGAAACGGGCCUUGCAAGUGCCUUGAGAGAGCGCGAGACAAUUACCUUACCUAGAAAAAGCUGGAAAGUGUCUGAGAAUCAGCGUUUCGGUCGCUUUAUAGAAACUCAGACCUACAUGUUAAGGGCGCUGAUGAUGACUACGUACUUGAACCUUGAGGGCAUCAAGACUCAACACCUUGAAAUCCAGUGCUACGGCUUAGGAAAGGCUACGUUUAAAUAUGUGAUCGGUGGUCAGAAAUACGCAGCUAGACCACAAGGCGCAGUCACUGUUGGUCCACGGACUGAAAGCCUACCUAUAAUAUCUUUCACUGGGUGGUUCGAGGGGCAGACCUGGGGCGAAUUUCUGGCGGAAACCCUCGGCGUAAUGAUAGGGCAGCUGGUCAAGAAUAUCAGUGUCCAAAGUAGCAGCACAGGUUUCCAGGAUCAGGAAGUCUUUGUUAUUGGGUUUCAUGGGUGUCAAAUCCAUAUUGCUCGUGGGUAUUUUACUACCGAUGUUAUUUCCAGAGUACAUUCAAAGGGAUGCUCUGAAAAGGAUGUUUUCGAGUUGAAUUUCACACAGGGUUACAAUCUGUGUUUGAAGGAAGAUUGGCUUGAAGCUUUGCGUGCUUUGACAAGGCUGUUCCGAUACCUCCACAGUGGAAAUGCAAAGGUUGGCGCUAUUCAGGCCUAUUUGCAAAGGGGAUCUAAAGCUACGGAAGAUGUUUAGAUUCUUGCUCGCUUUUCUGAUCAAGAUUUGGAUAUCUGAGUGAUCGUGGUCUCUUAUUAACUCGGACAUCUCAUGUCAACCCCAACUAUAGAGUAGAUCUGAACAUUCGAGAUAUGAACCAUCAAUUAUAUCAAUUAUAAGCAUCUAAAAAUGAUAAUUAGAAAGAUGGUUAUGAAUGAUGUCAAGAUCUAUGUAGAUAGUGCCAAGCAUCACCUGAACACUAUACCCG